GUGUGUUCAAAGUGCUGGAGCAGUUCUGCGACUCGGGAGGCGCCAAAUGGGCAAAAUUUCAGCCAAACAUCAUGGAGAGCAGCCGGGGCCUCUCGGAAGCCAGUUUCUGACUCCGGUGACUCAAAUGAUUGGCGGACGAACCAGAUGAUACGCUAAUCAUUUGAGUUGCCGUCAAGAACUAAUGCUAUGUAUCAGAGACUCAGAGGCAUGCAAGGUCCGUGGACACGCCCGAGGCUAACGGGGCGUCACGUAAAUCUGCCCAAUCGUCGGGUUUGUCUAAGCGACACCCUAGCAAACCACAAAGUUCCUGCAGUUCGCCGUGUCACAUGCUCACCACUGAACGUCUGAUUCUCCGCUCUUAUGUCGAGAGUGACCUCGACGACAUCCUUCGCCUCUGGAACGAUCCACUCGUCCAGCCUCUUGUUACCAACGAUAAUGUCACUCUUCUUGGUCCAAAGUUCAAGGAGACACUAAGAAAUCAGAUGGAGCGGGCAACCUUUGGUGCCAUAAUCGCGCUCAAGGAGACCGGGGAAUUCAUGGGCCAGGGAUUGGUUGAUGUCAACCAACCCAAGAAUCGCGAUGGCACAUUUGGGAUCUGUUUACUUCCAAAAUUUUGGAAUAAUGGAUAUGGGACCGAGGCGACAAAGUUCAUAAUCGACCAUUCGUUCAAGUGGUUCGGUUUGAACAGACUGUCCCUCGGAGUCUUUGCGAAUAAUGCACGAGCAAUUGCUGUCUAUGAGAAACUUGGGUUCGUCAUGGAGGGCAGGAAGCGCCAGGCAGUGUGGAUGGAUAAUCGGUGGGAAGAUUCUUUGACAAUGGGUAUCUUGCGAGACGAAUGGGAAAGGAACACUGAGAGAGAAGAAUGACAGCGUUCGCACGUCCGCGUCAGGGAGUAGUGCCACCCGGGCCCAUGUCCAAAUCUUGUGUUUAUCUAUUCGUGUUCGUAAAUACUCACCACUCAUUUACGUCCAAUUCCAAUCCCAAUGUAUCACCAGUCUAGACCAAGCCAAGCCAUUCAGCUUGUCA